GGUUUUAAACUUCGACUUUCUUUUGUAACGUAUUCUGUAAAGGCCGUUAACAUUUUGCGACGUUAUAUUUCAUUUAUUUCAAUAGAGGAACGUUAAUGAUUGGUUGAGCAAUAUUAUAUAAAAAAAACCCAGGUAGUGCAAUAAAAAUUAAAUGAUCGACAUUUAUGGAUUGAAACAUAUCGCGAUGGCAGGUAGUGAAAAGCGAUAUCCGAUCACUCAGGAAACUACGGGUAGGAAUUAUGCUUAUCUUCCUGAAAUAAGGGUACUACUAGUUGGAAAAACAGGAACCGGAAAAAGUGCAACUGGAAAUACUAUCUUAGGCUGGAACUUUUUUAUAUCAAAAACUUCUGUUAAAUCAGUGACAAGCAAAGGAAACAUGGGGAAAAUGAGAUGGAAAGGGAAAAUAUUUACUGUGGUAGAUACUCCCGGAUUACUCGACACUAACAUGACAGAAGAUAACCUUCGAUUUGAAAUAGUGAAGAGUUUUGGUAUGAUGGCACCGGGACCCCACAUUAUUUUAUUCGUACAUUCUACGUCAAGGUAUACAGUUGAAGACCAAACUGCUAACACAAAACUUGCAGAUCUCUUUAAAGAAAAUCCGUACAGUCAUAUGGCCGUUUGUUUUACUGGGAAAGACAAUUUGGAAGUUGAUGGUAUAACCGAGAGAGCAUUUGUACAACAAUGUCAACCUCUGAAUGAUUUGAUUGGAAAAUGCAACGGAAAUGUUUUUUUCCUAAAUAAUCGUUUGAAAGAGUCAGACAAAAUCACUGAACAAUGGAAUAGUUUGUACUCUUUAAUUGAUACAAUAUUUGAGAGUAACGAUGGCCGCCACUACACUGACACGGCAUUUCAAGAAAUAGAUGCUGAAAUGGAAAAAUUAGUGAAUCGACAAUUGUCGGUAUUUUCAUCCCCUUCGGAACAAGCAGAAACGAGACAAGAAAAACGUGUAAAGCUCCAAUGGAAUAUUUCAUUAAAUGGAAUUAUUUUGGACUGCCUACUAAAAGCUUUGGCCUAUGCUGCUGGCAUAGCAGUAUUGAUAGCAGCUUUUUUUUUUAAAAUUUGAUAGAAAUACAUCUGCCAAUGCCAUUUGCAGUAUUCCGUUUUAAUUUGGAAAGCAAUAGAAGAAAGAAAACACAAUUGUUAAGAGGAAAAAUAUUACUACUGCAAAAAAACUUUAAGCACAUAGCCAUGGACGUUUCUUAAUUUUGAAGUAUUUAGUAUUGAGUUGUUUUUUAUUGGAAUAAUUAUUUGAUAAAUAAAGACCUUUGUUAGUUUUA